UUUAAACGAACUAUGACUUUUUUAUUUAUUAAUGUUUUUAAGAAUGGUUUUGGAUUUAUAGGAUGAAACUAGAAAUAGAUUAGUUAGUACUUCGUUCUUUCUUUUGAAUCGAAGGGACGAUUCAUCCAAUCUUAGGUAUACAUACCGAUGACAUUGUUACUUUACAACCUCUAUGCUAUGCUAUGCUAUGAUGUGAUAUGAUAUGAUAGUUAACGGUUACUUAUAAUCUGUUGCCAUUUUCUGAAAAUUUGAUUUUGAAUGGGAACCAAAAGAAACAUCCUUACCUCAAUGACAACUACCACCACUAGACUGAAAAAAAAAAUCAAAACACGUAUAAGCAACCAAAUUAUCAUCAACCAAGCUAUUUAAAACCACUUCAUAUACCCACGACAGAUUGAUGGUAUGACUAAAUUGAAUCAAGUAUUGAUAAUAGGAGGUCUUAUUAGAUUUCUAAUCCCCACUUUAUUACCUCAAGUGGUUCCUAUAUUAUCAUCAAUUAAUGAAAUAUCAACCCCCAUAAAUUCAUUUAAAUCAUUACAAGAAGCAUUCUAUUAUUUUGCUAAUGGAAUAGAAUUAUAUGAUGGUGGGAUCAAUCAUCAUCCUCCAGUAUUGGUCAUUCUUUUAUCAUUUGUUAAUGAUCUUGGAUAUCCUGUUUUAUCCAAUAUUAUCUUCAAUUUAAUCUAUACUUUGUGUGAUAUAUAUAUAACUUAUCGAUUAAUUGCUUUAAAUCAAUGGUAUCAUGAUCAAUGGUCAUCUAAAUCAGGAUCAAAUAAAUAUAAUGAUGAUUUAAUUGCUAGUUUUUAUUUAUUCAAUCCAUUGAUUAUCGUUACCAAUUUAUCUCAUUCUACAUUAGUAUUUUCUGUAUUAUUCAUUAUUGAAACUUUACAUCAAUUAUUAGUGAUUAAAAAUCUUCCCAGAUCAAUGAUUGCAUUAUCAAUUGCAAGUUAUUUAUCAUAUACACCCGUAUGGUUAGUCAUUCCAUUAUUAGCUUUAAUGCAAGUAACUAAUCCUGAUGUACCAAAAGUUGAAAUUUAUGGUCGGAAUUUUGGAUUCUUUUUAAUGGGAUUAAUGUUAUUCAUUAUCAUGUCAUUUUUAAUCACUGCAUCAUGGCAAUUCUUUUAUCAAUGUUAUGGAACCAUCUUCCUCUUUAAUAAAAUCCAACCUAAUAUCGGAUUAUGGUGGUAUAUCUUUACCGAAAUGUUUGAAUUCUUUACCCCAUUUUAUAUUGGAGUAUUCAAUCUUUAUAGUAUAAUAUUCAUCUUUCCUAUCACAUUAAGAUUCACUAAUGAUGGAGUAUUUGCAUUCAUAUUAUCAUUAAUCUGGUUAAGUUUUACAAAAUCAUAUCCUACUAUUGGAGAUUUAGGUUAUAUUUUAUCUAUUCUUCCAAUUUUCAAAUCAAGUUUUCUUAAUUAUUGUAAAUUCUCCAUUGUUUACAUCAUCUUACUUAUAAUCUGUUUAAUCUUAUCGCCCAUCUUUUAUUAUUGUUGGAUUGUAUUAGGUAAUGGUAAUUCCAAUUUCUUCUACAGUAUAAAUUUAAUAUGGGGAGUGAUUUAUUUAUUUAUUAUGAUGGAUUUAAUAUGGGCUAAAUUAACAUUAGAUUAUAUUAUGGAUAAUGAUAUUAAAGAUAAAGAACAAAUUGAUAAAUUAAGAUUAACUCAACUUUAGUUUCAUUUAUAUACCUUAAAAUAGCAUUUCACCUUUUAAAAAUUCCUAAUAAAAUUGAUUAAUUAAUAGAAUUUAUUUAAAAUCGGUAUACAUUUACAGGUUACCCAUAUUUAAUAUGUAAAAAACCAGUUAAUCUGUAAAAUACUCCCAUUAAUCUGUA